GUGCCCCUCACAUGCGCUUUUGUGUAGCUGGACGAGCAAAUUCGAAUCAUCAAAAACCGUAUAUUUGGGCCUUACAGUAUGGCAAAAACCACACAGCUCCCUCGCCAACGUAUUGCGAACCAGAAUUUCCACAAAAAUGUUAUUCGUAAAGUGAAAACCAACUCGAAGGCUUCUGAGAAGAAGGUUGAGAACACUGUUGCCAAAAAAAUCGCCAUUUUUCUCUUAAUUGUCCUGUGUGGAGGUGCUGCCUUACAGCUUUUGCGUAUUUUCUUUUAGAUGAAAUAAAAGUCAUUCGUUAGGACAUGCCUGUUACAAAACAAACGAUUUGUGAAACAAAAAAAAGAGCAUUUACAGCUGGUAAUGAAUUAGUGAGGAUAAGGGAAACACCUA